UGGUUAAAUAAAGGUGAAAUAAAAAAUGUAAUAAAAACGAAUUCAAGUUUUUGCUGUCUCUGGUGAAAUUGAGGAACUGCUCUAAAAUACAUUUAUACUAUAAGCUUGUGAACCAUACCACUGGUCUUUGACUACUUAUAGAAUGCAGUAUAGUGCACAAAUUCAUUCUAUGUAACAGGUAUAUUAUUCUAUUUUGCGAUACUGCAUAAUGGUUUCUUAUCAAGUCCGAACUAAACCGUACAGCAGAGUAUGGAGUCAAACUAUUGGCUCGUUUUUCAAAGUGGAGAGAGAUGCCACCCUGUGGCUAAAACCCUGACUGCAUCUUGGUUCUGUUCUUUUUGGGGGUUGUGUUAAAGCCCCCUCUUGGUGACACAGUAGAUUGCAGCAUGCUGCAGUGAAGGGACUAUGACACUAGAUAGUACCAAUCAACCAUAAACUUCAUAGGCAUGACAAAGGAAAAGGAUGCCUUAAAUCUGCCAUAUACAUGGAGUGUAAAAAACAUUAGGAACACCUGCUCUUUCCAUAUCAUAUACUGACCAGGUUAAUCCAGGUGACAGCUAUGAUCCCUUAUUGAUGUCAAUUGUUAAAUCCACUUCAAAUCUGUGUAGAUGAAGGGGAGGAGACAGGGUGAAAGAAGGAUUUUACAAUUGAGACAUGGAUUGUGUAUGUGUGGCAUUCAGAGGGUGAAUGGGCAAGACACAAGAUUUAAGUGCCUUUGAACGGGGUAUGGUAGUAGGUGCCAGGCACACCAGUUUGAGUGUCAAGAACUGCAACACUGGUGAUUUUUCACGCUCAACAGUUUUCCAUGUGUUUCAAUAAUGGUCCACCACCCAAAGGAAAUCCAUCCAACUUGACACAACUGUGGGAAGCAUUAGAGUGAACAUGGGCUAGAAUCCCUGUGGGAUGCUUUCGACACCUUGUAGAAUCCAUGCCCCAACUAAUUGAUGCUUCUCUGAGAGCAAAAGGGGUGCAACUCAAUAUUAGGAAGGUGUUCCUCAUGUUUUGUACAGUCAGUGUAUAAUAUGCCUACCACAGGAGGUUGGUGACACCUUAAUUGGGGGGGGGGGGGGCUCCUGGUAAUGGCUGGACCAGAAUCAGUGAAAUGGUAGUAAAUAGCUGAUGCCAUUCAAAUAUCUGAUGCCAUUCCAAACAGCUGAUGCCAUUCCAAACAGAUGAUGCCAUUCCAAACAGAUGAUGCCAUUCCAAACAGAUGAUGCCAUUCCAAACAGAUGAUGCCAUUCCAAAUAGCUGGUGCCAUUCCAUUUGCUCUUUUCUAGACAUUAUUAUGAGCCACCCUGGUCUCCGCCUUCUCCAGGUAGUAGAAGAAGGCCAGCUUGGCUACGUUGUUCUGGCUUUCAGCGCGCUGGCAGACCCCAACUAUGGUGGGCCCUCUCUGUCCUCCUCUGCAGGGGGACCUCUGGUGCCUGUCUAUCAUGGCUGCUGGGCGUCUUGUCUGAGCUGAAGAGAGGAAAUACAGACAGUCACACAUGCAUGUAGGCUAUGUUACUCCUGGCAAGAGAUGUUGAUAUACAUUUGGAUAAUGGAGAAAAUGAUAAUUGAUUUAUUCCAUCUGUCACCUGUUCCAUUGCAUCUUUGUUUGUAAAACUGAAGUGGCUUAAUUGAUUUAUCGACUGUAGCCCAGAAGCCCACUAUCUGCAGACCAUAAACUACAAAUCCCAUAAUGCUUAAAAUAAGUUCUGACCCCGUCCUAGGCAGACAGAAAUGGCUCACAUGCUGCAAGUGAACACAAAUCUUAAGUGAUCUUUUUUUAUUUGUUUAACUGCUAUAAUAAAUGUAAAAGAUUAUAUUUUUAUAAAGUGUCGGUGUUAUGGUCACGUGGUGAGGUCAAGUUUAGCGGGAAAGAAAACAUGGCGAGCGAAGUAGCAGGUAGCAUUGCGGAGCCAGUACAAUGUCCCGUUUGUUUUAAGGAUUUCGCGGCGUCAGAAAUCAAUGCCCAUCUGGACAGAUGUUUGUUAAACAAUGACAGUUGUCCGACAUCAACCAGUAAAGACGAGAACGGACCACCUCUCAAGAAACCUCGCAUUUCUAGUGAAGCGUCCAGUCCAACAGUUAAUACGACAGACUCGUCGGAGGCGAGGAAAGGUACCACGCCGCACUCUCCGGUUUUCAGUAUGUUUCAGACCAACAGAAAUAAGGGUCCAGUUCAAAGUGAACGAAAUGCAUCUUUAUCGAAUAAACCGAUUGCCAGCACUGCUGUCAGUAAAGGAAUUAAACGUCAUUCACCUGACGAGAUGGAGACAGGUAAGGCGAUGGGACAGUUUGGCAUCGACCCCCCUAUAUCGAACACACUGAUAAAGACCCCGCGUGAUACAACACCUGUGCGCGCUCUGCUGAAUAUCGAUAAGCCGCUGGCGGAGAAACUGCGACCAACCACGCUAGAGGAAUAUUUCGGCCAAAACAAAGCAGUAGGAAAAGACACCCUUCUCAGGUCGCUGUUGGAUUCUCAGGAGAUACCGUCAUUGAUCCUAUGGGGACCACCAGGAUGUGGGAAGACCACCCUGGCCCACAUCAUAGCCAGCGGCAGUAAGAAGAGGGGCAUGGCCCGCUUCGUUUCUCUCUCUGCCACCAGCACAUCCACCAAUGAGGUGCGAGAGGUCAUUAAGCAGGCCCAGAAUGAGUUAAAACUGAUGAAGAGGAAGACCAUCCUCUUUAUAGAUGAGAUCCAUCGCUUCAACAAGUCACAACAGGAUACCUUCCUCCCUCAUGUGGAGUGUGGGACAGUGACUCUGAUUGGGGCAACCACGGAAAACCCUUCGUUCCAGGUGAACGCGGCUCUGCUUAGCAGGUGCAGGGUCCUGGUUCUGGACAAGCUGUCUGUGGAGGCAAUGGGGUUGAUCCUGCUCAGGGCCGUCGCUACGCUGGGGAUCAGUGUACUGGGAGAAGAUCUCAACGACCGCAUAGAUCAAGACGAGUUAGACUCAACCGAGCUUAGAUCAGAACCAAAGGUCUAUAUUGAGCAGAAGGCUCUGGACACCAUAGCCCACCUGUGUGACGGCGACGCCCGGGCGGGGCUCAACGGGCUCCAGCUGGCUGUCCAGGCCCGGGUGGGUGCAGCCCGUUCUGGCCAAUCAGGAUCUGGCAGUACCCCACAUGACAUUGUGGUGCAGGAGGAGCAUGUGAAGGAGGGCCUUCAGAGGUCCCAUAUCCUCUACGACAAAGCAGGUGAGGAGCACUAUAACUGCAUCUCAGCACUGCACAAAUCAAUGAGGGGCUCCCACGAGAACGCUUCCCUCUACUGGCUGGGCCGCAUGCUGGAGGGAGGAGAGGACCCCCUGUACGUGGCUCGCAGACUAGUCCGCUUCUCUAGUGAAGACGUGGGUAUGGCAGAUCCCUCUGCCCUUCCUCAGGCUGUAUCUGCCUUCCAGGCCUGCCAUUUCAUCGGGAUGCCAGAGUGUGAGGUGAUCUUGGCUCAGUGUGUGGUGUACCUGGCCAGGGCUCCUAAGUCGGUAGAAAUCUACAAGGCGUACGGUAACGUGAAGGCCAGUCUGAGGAACCAUAAGGGCCCCCUACCCUCUGUUCCCCUGCACCUUCGCAACGCCCCCACCAAGCUCAUGAAGGACCUGGGCUACGCUGAGGGCUACAAGUACAACCCUGCCUUCAGUGCCCCUGUGGAGCAGGACUACCUGCCUGAGGAGCUCCGGGGAAUGGACUUCUUCACCUGGAACCCCUCUGACCUUUGAGGUUGACCCAUGACAUUUGGCAUCUGAGGUCAAGGUUACUGUGAGGGUUAUAAUGCUAAAGAUCCAUUUUUGUGCUAUGAGGACCUCUGAAGAUGCUGCUGGAUCUAACACGAAUAGAACACUUAUGCAUAAGACCAAUUUUGAGUUCAAUGAUGUUAUCACUUUGUUAAAUAAAUGUAAUCUUGUAUUGUAGAUUGUUACCAUUAAGUUGAUAUAGUUUGUCCAAUAGACUGUUAUAAAUAAACAGAGGGACAGUAAUUAGCACCUUUUUUUAUAAUUCAUUUGAUCAUCUAGGACUUACACUGAGUGUACACAACAUUAGGAACACCUUCCUAAUAUUGUUGCACUCUCUUUUGCACUCAGAACAGCCUCAAUUCAUCAAGGCAUGGACUCUACAACGUGUUGAACGCAUUCCACAGGGAUGCUGGCCCUGUGAUGUUGACUUCAAUGCUUCCCACAGUUGUGUCAAAUUGUCUGGAUUUCCUUUGGGUGCUGGACCAUUCUUGAUACACACACGAAACUGUUGAGUGUGAAUAACACCUCAGCGUUGCCGUUCUUGACAGACUCAAACCGGUGCUCCUGACACCUACUACCAUACCCCGUUUAAAGACACUUAAAUCGUUUGUCUUGCUCAAAUGUCCAUCUGAAUAGCACACAUACCCAAUCUAUCAGUCUCAAUUGUCUCAAGGCUUAAAAAUCUUUAUUUCACUUGGUUCCUCCCCUAUAUCUACACUGAUUGAAGUGGAUUUAACAAGUGACAUAAAUAAGGGAUUAUAGCUUUCACCUGGUCUCACCUGGUCAGUCUGUCAUGGAAAGAGCAUGUUCCUAAUGUUUUGUACACUCGGUGUAUAUGGGAGGUUUAUUCCGUUUUCAGCCAUUGUCUGCAAAUGAAAGAUAAAUUACAUUAAAGGUAAUCUCAUGCAGUA